UUUUAUAUCACCGCGCGACGGGAAAGCGAAUCAAGGAGGAGGGGGAGUGGCGGCAGCUGGCGCUGGCAAAGGCACAAGAAAGAGAGGGUCCAGGAGAAGAGAGGAGGCAGGAAGCCGUGGAGCGAACUUCUGUUGUUUGCUUCGAUGGGGAACUGCCUCGGCUCGGAGGAAGCCGAAGUGGAGUCCGUGAAGAACUUGGGCCACCACGGACACCCCCAAGCAAUUGCAAGGCCGGAUCCCAUGGCGGCACCCAAAGCCGACGCUUCCAUGAGCUCAGGGCACCCGAGCAGGUCCCCGAGUUCAUCCAUGAACAGCAGCACUACCGCCCGAAGUAGCAGCACCAGCAGCAGCUCUAGGCCUUUGGCGACCGCCGACGCCGGGGCCUACCCGGAGGGGAGGAUCCUGGAGGUGCCCAACCUCCGCAUCUUCACGUUCGCCGAGCUCAAGGCGGCGACGAGGAACUUCAAGCCCGACACGAUCCUCGGCGAGGGAGGAUUCGGGCGGGUGUACAAGGGCUGGGUCGACGAGAAGACGAUGAGCCCCGUGCGCUGCGGCACCGGCAUGGUCGUCGCCGUCAAGAAGCUCAACCCCGAGAGCGUGCAGGGGCUGCAAGAGUGGCAGUCUGAGGUGAACUUCCUGGGGAGGCUGUCGCAUCCGAACCUGGUGAGGCUGCUGGGGUACUGCCUGGAGCACAAGGAGCUCCUGCUUGUCUACGAGUUCAUGGCCAAAGGCAGCCUGGAGAACCACCUCUUCAGAACACUACAACGCCAAGCUCUCGGAUUUCGGCCUCGCGAAGAAUGGCCCGACCGGUGGCGACAGCCACAUCACCACCAGGGUGAUGGGCACCUACGGCUACGCCGCGCCGGAGUACGUUGCCACAGGGCACUUGUACGUGAAGAGCGACGUGUACGGCUUCGGCGUCGUGCUGCUGGAGAUGCUCACGGGGCUGCGGGCGCUCGACACGGCCCGCCCCGCGCAGCAGCACAACCUGGUGGACUGGGCCAAGCCGUACCUGGCGGACCGGCGGAGGCUGGCGCGCCUGAUCGACCCGCGGCUGGAGGGGCAGUACCCGUCCAGGGCCGCGGUGCAGGCGGCCCAGCUCACGCUGCACUGCCUCUCGGGCGACCCCAAGAGCCGGCCCUCCAUGGCCGAGGUCGUGGUUGCGCUCGAGGAGGUCGAGCGGAUCAGGGUGCGUCCCAGGGGCGCGCCGCGGGACGACACGUCGCCGCAGGCCGCCGCAGCAGCGCGGGGUGGGCAAGGGCACCACCGCUCGUCGCGCCCGAGGUCCGGGUCGGACGGGGCGCGGAGCAGCCACCACCAGUCUCCAACUAUGAGGUAGCACCACUGGUCCACAACCGGACCAGCAGGCCAGCAUUGAUCGAGCUGAGCCGCAAGUUUGGGCGCAGUUUUCCCAUCGUCCUGGGCUUCUCCCGGCAAGUGCAAAGACGUUUUCGUCGCUUUUGUCACAAAUUGUUAUCGUUUGUGCAACAUGAGGACCGAGGAAGCCAGAAAGAUGCUGUAUGAAAGUCUAAUUGUUGGAGUGUUGGCUGGUACAGGUUCAGGAGGAUGGUUUUUGCAUCAAUCUUCCCCUUUUGCUAGUUUUUGUUGUACAUACUAUGUAGUUCCUGAGACAAAAACUACGUCAUGAUCUCAUGGAAGCCUCGAGCAUAAAUCUGUAUGUUCCUUGUGCGGAUAUUUGCUUAUAACCCAACAAGCUAAAAGUGAGAUAAAUAUGCUCGCGGGGCAAGCUUAAAAGGGAACUUUUGCAUGUUUGCGUCGGGCGUAUUUCGAUGUUUCAA